GUCAGCCAUGUGUAGGACAUAAAUUUUGAAGUAUUAUUAAAACCUAUUUAUUCUCUCUAGAACCAUCUAGACUUUUCUACUUUCUGAGAUCUCCAAUUCAUCUCAAGAUUCUGAAUUCAGCUCUUCAAUUUCCGAGGGCAAGAAGAAGAUGGUUUUUGGAAUAUAAUAGUGAUAUUAUCAGAACAAAGGCUCAAACAAUAAUAAACACAGGAUAGAGAGGACUAAGGAAUGUCUGAUUUGUGCAUCUAUGAGCUUGGAGACGUUGUAUUGAAUGAUUUUGAUUCAGCCAGUGACGAUCAUUUAGUGCCCGGGUCUAGCGACGAAUGUUUUAAUGAAGAUGGAUAUAAUUGGGAUGAAGCUAAUGUUCUUCCAAGUAAUGCUCGAAACACCAAUCAGAAAACUGCCCAAAAACACAUGCAAAUUAUGAACAACGUUAAGGGUCCCUUGAUGGAAAGGAACUCAUGGUCUGAUGCUCCAGAUUGCAACUUUUCACUUUUACAUGAAAGUAACUCAACAAUGGAAAUGAUGAAUUUGAUAUCUGCUGAUGACAUUUCCCAAACAGGCGAGCCAAGUUUUUACGGCACCAACCAAAUUUAUGGGUGGUCUGAUCUUGGAAAUUUUGAGGAUAUUGACGGGAUGUUUAGCAAUGGAAGUUCAACAUUUGAGAUUGGUGACAUGUGCGAGGAAGAAGAAUUAAGUUGUUUUUUACCUUCACACGACGUUGACGGAUUUGAAGCAGUGUCAAGGUCAGCGUCAAAGUUCCCUUCAUCUGAUUCAAAUCCGUUUGGUAACUCACUAAGCUAUUGUGAAAAUCCGACAUCAAACUGUAUAGUCAAUCAUUCAAAUGCAGAUAAGGGAUCUUUUCACUUUAUACCUGGUUCCCAUUUAUCAUCAGAUUGUACUGUGCCUACAACCGUUGUUGGUAACUUGACUUUCAUGGAUGGGAUUGAGACAACUUCGACAAACAAGAAUGGGUUUAAAUGCAAUGAUCAGACUCAGCUCGAUAUGGAACAAUUAUUGAUGCAUCAGAAUAACUCAUCCAAAAGAAAAAGGAAGGAUUUCUGCUUGGAGAAUGACAAUGGACUAGAUCACACUUCACAGUCAAGAACCGACUCCUACGACUACUUGCAAAAUCAUGCAAUUUUUACGGAUCAAUAUUAUGACCAUCAUCACUCAGAUCAGUUUUCCAUGACUGUGAUGCCAUCCAGCGCCAUCUUGGAGAACAAUGGUCCUGUAUGUUUUUCCGCAAAGGAGUCUUCCUGUUUACCCGAUCAAGUAAAACCUUCGGAGAAUUCUUAUCAGCUUUCAUUUGAAGCUCCUGAUGAGAAAAUAGUUAGUCUACCACUACCAGAAAGGCAAGGACAUCAUUUCUCGUGUAGAAAUGAUUCAACUUACAUGGAUUUUCAAGAACAAUCAACCGAACAGAGCCUACUACAUGAAGAAGCUUCCCAUAGAGGUUCUGUCUUAGAUGAAAUCUCAUUGGAAACAUCUGGUUUUCAGAUGCUUCAACAAAUCAUGGAAAAGUUGGAUGGAAAGACAAAAUUGAGUAUAAGAGACGGGUUAUAUCGCCUGGCAAAAAGUGCAGAGAUACGACAUAAACAUGCUGCAACACUUGGUGAUAGUUCAGAUGGUAUUGAUGGUGCCAGUGGAUCCCUGAUGACUGAAAUGAAAUCAAACGAAAUUGGGAACACAGAAGCUGGUACUAAUCCUGUAGAUCGAUCAAUAGCACAUUUGUUAUUCUAUAAACAAUCAGACUCAUCUGAUGAUCCUCAAUAUCCUAAAUUGGAGCUUCAAUCUAAUGACAGAUUAAUAUUUCCACCCACUCUUCUGUCUGCUCUCUGUGAGUGAAGACCAUGCAUCCCUUAAGGCGAGCCAUGCAGCCAUGGUCUAAUGUUUUGUGCUUAUAAGGGUUCGAGAAACUUAGUUUUGUGCAGUUGUAAUUUUGGAUGUAAGUUUAUUAUUUAGGUUAAGUAAUGUUGGUUUUUUGACCCCCUUUGAUAAUCUUGUGUGUAGUUUUGCAAUGUCUUUACAAAAGAUUAAAACCUUUUUAUCUUUUUUUUAUAUAUAAUAAACAUCUUUUCACAUA